AUGGCUUCAACUUCAGUGCCAGCUUCGACUUCCGGUUCGGCUCCAGCCGCAGCAGAACCCUGUCCUCUCCGUUGCACGAUCUGCAAUGCCGACUCCGCCAAAGCCUGCACCACGUGCAAACCCACCGCCUACUGCAGCAAAGCCUUCCAGAAGGUCGACUGGCCGUCGCACAAGCUGCUCCGCGCCCAGUACGCCGAGCUCACCAGCAGCAAUAACACGGCAUCCCAACCAGAAGGCCGUAUCCUCGACUUCCUGUUCCCCGCCCUAGGAGCCAAUCCCGAGCUCGUCUAUGUGCCCGACAUGCACCCCCACUCCGUGACGGACGAGGCCAUCCCAGACACUAUCAACACCAUUUUCGACGCACACGACGACGCCUUCGUGCUCUCGCACGUCCGCGCGUCGGACCACCACCCCAACUUCCUGAACGAGGUCACGAACAAGGUCCGCGGCUACCGCAAGCAGGAAAGCUUGCUCGAGGUCUGGUACCGAAAGUACGGCGGCCACAGGCCGAACGAAGCCGUCCGCGCCGCUUUGACAGUGACCGGGGGAAGCUCGUUCCAUGUCUGGAAGGGGAACGUGCUGGUGCUGGCCGCGACGAAUACGCACGGGCGGGGGGUGUAUAAGGAUGUCACGAUGAGGGACUUCCGAGACGCGGUGGAUUUUUUGGCGGAUUAUCUGAAUCCGCGGCGGAGGGAGGAUGAGUUGACUGCGACUGCGUCGAUGGAGUGGGGGGUGGAUAUGAGCAGACCUCCAGAGUACUGCUACAGGAUAGACCGGGUAUCCGUGGCAAUGUCGGAAACAGACAUGAUCAUGACUGCAUUGAAUCCCCAACUUUACCCAGAAAACACACAUCGGCAACAGGCCGAUGAAUGA